AGAAUAACGCGGCUCCUGGCGUUCGAGGAUUUCCGGAGAGACGACAUCUGUCUCUGCUUGGAAUGGCGACGUGUGAAAACGAUCUCUUCGUCCCAAUAGACACCUGGGCGACGAAUCUACGACUGUGAUUUUCUGCGUGCACGGCUCCCUCAGCUGUCAGUGAGAGGAUCUGCGUGAUUGGCAUCUGGGACCUUCAGACCUUUUCUUGUAUUCUUCUCCGCCAAGUUCUUAUCGCUAGGCCCUCUUGAAUAAGAUUCGCCACCGAACGGAAGAUAAAAACGAAUACCUUUCGAUUCGGCUGCGCUUCGGGUGUUUCGGAUCUCCGUUCUGAAGCUUCGCCGAUUCCCGGAACUUCGGAGUUCGGAAGCAUGUCGCCGAUCCUCCGACUCCUCGGUGUACCGAUAUUUCUCAGCGCUGCGACCGCAUGGCUCUACUUCCUGUCGAAAAAUGCCCCCGACCUUCGAGACAGUGCUGCGAAUAGCACAAUAUCCUUGAAGUUUCCGUCGAGCUUCGAGGAGCUCCACGGAAUCGCCGCGUUGCUCCAGCACUACUAUGCGUCGAAUGCAAAUUACGUCUACUUAUUGUUUUGUUCCGCCUACCUCUACAAACAAACAUUCGCCAUUCCCGGAUCAGUCUUCCUGAACCUGCUGGCUGGCGCUCUGUUUGGAGUUUUUCCUGGAUUCCUCUUGGCAUGUUUCCUGACCGCGUGCGGCGCGACGUGCUGCUACCUUCUAUCGAGGAUGUGCGGUCGACAUGUCAUCAGAACCUACAUCAAGUUUCUCGCCUCGAAGCUCACAAUCCUGGAGAAGAAAGUAGAUGACAACAGAGACGAUCUCAUCUACUUCUUGCUCUUUCUGAGGCUUUUCCCGAUCACACCCAACUGGUUCCUGAACAUGGCUUCGCCCUUAGUGGGCAUACCGAUCCAUUUGUUCUUCUUCUCGGUUUUUGUGGGUCUGAUGCCAUACAAUUUCAUAAGCGUACAAUCGGGUGCUCUCCUAAGCGAGAUCCGAUCAACAUCUGACAUUUUAACGCCGAAAGUCGCUCUUCAAAUGGGUCUCCUCGCCGUCGCGGCUCUUAUUCCUGCCGUCCUGAAGCAGGUCCAGUCAAAGAAACGCGAGCUGAAAGAAAGAAUGCAAUAAUUUUUCACCGGUUAUAGUCAAUUUUUGCGAGAUCGAGACGGCAGCUGCACCUGCGAGUCGAGCACAGCACUUUUGAAUUUCGCCCUUUAGUUGUUGAGAUUUUUCCCGCCAGUCCGAAACAAUAUGACUGAUGUCCUCAGCAUUCGCUCUCUGGUUGUACGGGAGCGGGAUCGACCUGUGAAUCCGCCUUUUCUAAUUGAGAUCGAUUUUAACUCGAGG